AUGGUCUGUGGCUGCUCUGCCCUCCUUCCCCUCCCCAACCCCAGGCCCACCAUGCCGGCCACCCCCAACUUCCUCGCAAAUCUCAGCUCCACCAGCUGCUGGAUUCCCCACCAGCCAAUGCCCGUGGCCUGGGCCUUUGUGCAGAAGACCUCGGCCCUCCUGUGGCUGCUGCUCCUGGGCACCUCCCUGUCCCCUACCUGGGGGCAGGCCAAGAUUCCUCUGGAAACAGUGAAGCUAUGGGCUGACACCUUCGGCGGGGACCUGUAUAACACUCUGACCAAAUACUCGGGCUCCCUCUUGCUGCAGAAGAAGUACAAGGAUGUGGAGUCCAGUCUGAAGAUCGAGGAGGUGGAUGGCUUGGAGCUGGUGAGGAAGUUCUCAGAGGACAUGGAGACCAUGCUGCGGAGGAAAGUCGAGGCCGUCCAGAAUCUGGUGGAGGCUGCCGAGGAGGCCGACCUGAACCACGAAUUCAACGAGUCCCUGGUGUUCGACUAUUACAACUCGGUCCUGAUCAAUGAGAGGGACGAGAAAGGCAACUUCGUGGAGCUGGGCGCCGAGUUCCUCCUGGAGUCCAAUGCGCACUUCAGCAACCUGCCGGUGAACACCUCCAUCAGCAGCGUGCAGCUGCCCACAAACGUGUACAACAAAGACCCAGAUAUUUUAAAUGGAGUCUACAUGUCUGAAGCCUUGAAUGCUGUCUUUGUGGAGAACUUCCAGAGAGACCCAACGUUGACCUGGCAAUAUUUUGGCAGUGCAACUGGAUUCUUCAGGAUCUAUCCAGGUAUAAAAUGGACACCUGAUGAGAAUGGAGUCAUUACCUUUGACUGCCGAAACCGCGGCUGGUACAUUCAAGCUGCUACUUCUCCCAAGGACAUAGUGAUUCUGGUGGACGUGAGUGGCAGCAUGAAGGGGCUGAGGAUGACUAUUGCCAAGCACACCAUCACCACCAUCUUGGACACCCUGGGGGAGAAUGACUUUGUUAAUAUCAUUGCGUACAAUGACUAUGUCCAUUACAUCGAGCCUUGUUUUAAAGGGAUCCUCGUCCAGGCGGACCGAGACAAUCGAGAGCAUUUCAAACUGCUGGUGGAAGAGCUGAUGGUCAAAGGUGUGGGGGUCGUGGACCAAGCCCUGAGAGAGGCCUUCCAGAUCCUGAAGCAGUUCCAAGAGGCCAAGCAAGGAAGCCUCUGCAACCAGGCCGUCAUGCUGAUCAGUGACGGUGCCGUGGAGGACUACGAGCCGGUGUUUGAGAAGUAUAACUGGCCAGACUGUAAGGUCCGAGUUUUCACUUACCUCAUUGGGAGAGAAGUGUCUUUUGCUGACCGCAUGAAGUGGAUCGCAUGCAACAACAAAGGCUACUACACGCAGAUCUCAACGCUGGCAGACACCCAGGAGAACGUGAUGGAAUACCUGCACGUGCUCAGCCGCCCCAUGGUCAUCAACCACGACCAUGACAUCAUCUGGACAGAGGCCUACAUGGACAGCAAGCUCCUCAGUUCGCAGGCUCAGAGCCUAACGCUACUCACCACUGUGGCCAUGCCAGUCUUCAGCAAGAAGAACGAAACGCGAUCCCAUGGCAUUCUCCUGGGUGUGGUGGGCUCAGAUGUGGCCCUGAGAGAGCUGAUGAAGCUGGCGCCCCGGUACAAGCUUGGAGUGCACGGAUACGCCUUUCUGAACACCAACAAUGGCUACAUCCUCUCCCAUCCUGACCUCCGACCCCUGUACAGAGAGGGGAAGAAACUAAAACCCAAACCUAACUACAACAGUGUGGAUCUCUCCGAAGUGGAGUGGGAAGACCAGGCUGAAUCUCUGAGAACAGCCAUGAUCAAUAGGGAAACAGGUACCCUCUCGAUGGACGUGAAGGUUCCGAUGGAUAAAGGGAAGCGAGUUCUUUUCCUGACCAAUGACUACUUCUUCACGGACAUCAGCGACACCCCUUUCAGUUUGGGGGUGGUGCUGUCCCGGGGCCACGGAGAAUACAUCCUUUUGGGGAACACGUCUGUGGAAGAAGGCCUGCAUGACUUGCUUCACCCAGACCUGGCCCUGGCCAGCGACUGGAUCUACUGCAUCACAGAUAUUGACCCGGACCACCGGAAGCUCAGCCAGCUAGAGGCUGUGACCCGCUUCCUCACCAGGGAGGACCCAGGUCUGGAGUGUGACGAGGAGCUGGUCCGGGAGGUGCUGUUUGACGCGGUGGUGACAGCCCCCAUGGAAGCCUACUGGACAGCGCUGGCCCUCAACAUCUCCGAAGAGGCUGAGCAGGUGGUGGACAUGGCCUUCCUGGGCACCCGGGCUGGACUCCUGAGAAGCAGCCUGUUCGUGGGCUCCGAGAAGGUCUCCGACAGGAAGUUCCUGACGCCUGAAGACGAGGCCAGUGUGUUCACCCUGGACAGCUUCCCGCUGUGGUACCGCCAGGCCUCAGAGCAUCCUGCUGGCAGCUUCGUCUUCAACCUCCGCUGGGCAGAAGGACCAGAAAGUACGGGUGAGCCCACGGUGGUGACGGCAAGCACAGCUGUGGCGGUGACCGUGGACAAGAAGACAGCCAUUGCUGCAGCCGUGGGCGUCCAAAUGAAGCUGGAAUUCCUCCAGCGCAAAUUCUGGGCGGCAACACGGCAGUGCAGCACUGUGGACGGGCCGUGCACACAGAGCUGUGAGGACAGUGAUCUGGACUGCUUCGUCAUCGACAACAAUGGGUUCAUUCUGAUCUCCAAGAGGUCCCAUGAGACGGGAAGAUUUCUGGGGGAGGUGGAUGGUGCUGUCAUGACCCAGCUGCUCAGCAUGGGGGUGUUCAGCCAAGUGACCAUGUAUGACUAUCAGGCCAUGUGCAAACCCUCAAGUCACCACCACAGCGCGGCCCAGCCCCUGGUCAGCCCAAUUUCUGCCUUCUUGACGGCGACCAGGUGGCUGCUGCAGGAGCUGGUGCUGUUCCUGCUGGAGUGGAGCGUCUGGGGCUCCCGGUACCACAGAGGGGCCGAGGCCAAAAGUGUCUUCCAUCACUCCCACAAACAGAAGAAGCAGGACCAGCUGCAGCCCUGCGACACCGAGUACCCCGUGUUCGUGUACCAGCCGGCCAUCCGGGAGGCCAACGGGAUCAUCGAGUGCGGACCCUGCCAGAAGGUAUUUGUGGUGCAACAGAUUCCCAACAGUAACCUCCUCCUCCUGGUGACAGACCCCACCUGUGACUGCAGCAUCUUCCCGCCAGUGCUGCAGGAGGCCACAGAGGUCAAAUAUAAUGCCUCUGUCAAAUGUGACCGGAUGCGCUCCCAGAAGCUCCGCAGGCGACCAGACUCCUGCCACGCCUUCCAUCCAGAGGAGAAUGCCCAGGACUGCGGCGGCGCCUCGGACACCUCAGCCUCGCUGCCCCUACUCCUGCUGCCUCUGUGUGUCUGGGGGCUACUGCCCCACCUCCUGCGGUGACACCACCUAGCCUGGCCUGUGUUUUGGCAAGGUGAUCCUUCCAGAGCCAUCCCAAAAAGUCAGCACGGACAUGGGAUGCAGCUAACUGCAGUUGGGUCACUCCCAGGGCUCCUCUCAAUCCUGGGCUGGUGGCCCCUGCCACCGGAGAAUGCUGGAUGGAACAAGAAACCAAUCCCCUGGCACCACUUUCAAGACGCUUCAUGGUGCCCGGUACCAUCUGCCCUAGGUCUCAAAAUGAGCAUACUU